CAGAUUUCGAUUUUCCGCGAUACGAUAACGAAAAGUUUAAGAUUUUUCUCCCCCUUCAACACGUUUUCUUCGCAGGGGAUCCUGCGCAGUCUCCGAAGCCAUGGCGGACGAUGGAAUGCUCAUGAACUUCGAAAUCGGGGAUGCUCCUCUGACUACCAAACAAUCGUUUCUGGGAGGCCGCUGGAAGGAUCGAUUGGCAGCGAAGAAAGCAGCGCAGUAUCGGACGGCCAAAGGCCCCUCGGCGCCCGCCAGUCGAGAGAUUUUCAAGGAGCGACGGCAUGAGACCGGUGCGGAAGACUACAUUGGCCCGGGCACUGCGACGAGGCCGCCCAAGAGACAGCGAGUCGAUCAUGAUUCGGGUUCAGGUGCGAAUACCGCUGCUUUCGUUUCUGGAAAGCUCCCUCCCGGAAGCAUAAAAAUCCCUGGAACUCGAAAUGCCCCCGUGCAGGAGGAAACCCGGCCAGCUUUCGUGUCGGGAAAGUUGCCGCCCGGGAGUAUCAAGAUUGGGACGAGCGGUGGGAAUUCUGUCAAGCGGUUUUCAGACGAUAUGGAAACUCCACAUUCUGGUAGUAAUGCUGCGCCCCGGAAUCGAACUGGGCCUGCGGGAGGGAAGCCGCAAGUCAUCUCAUCUCUGUUCUCGUUCAACCCUUCUGCGAAGACUAAAUUUGAGGAGCCGGAGGAGGAGCCAGAGCCUGCGAAACCUUCGAAUGCGCCGCUUACUGAGGAGAUGGCGACUUUUACGACCUUGGGGCUCUCGAGACGGUUGGCUGCACAUCUGUCGACCAAGCUCGAGAUGAAAGCACCGACGGGGAUUCAGAAGGCGGCCAUUCCACAGCUGGUCAAUGAUGAUAGUGAUGCGUUUAUACAGGCUCAGACCGGGUCAGGAAAGACUCUGGCAUAUCUUCUGCCGAUUGUUCAGCGGAUCAUGGCUAUGAGUAGUAAGGAUGUGCAAGUUCAUCGAGACUCUGGACUUUUUGCAGUCGUCCUUGCACCCACGCGCGAAUUGUGCAAACAGAUUGCAGCGGUGCUAGAGAAAGUCUUACGAUGCGCGCCGUGGAUUGUCGGAACGACUGUUAUUGGAGGUGAAAGCAAGCAAUCGGAGAAAGCUAGACUACGAAAGGGUGUCAAUAUCCUAAUCGCUACACCUGGACGUCUAGCGGAUCACUUGGACAAUACCGAAGUCUUGAGAGUCAACACGGUCCGCUGGUUAGUGCUAGAUGAAGGUGAUAGGUUGAUGGAACUGGGGUUCGAAGAAGAAAUCAAGGGCAUUGUGGAGAAGAUUGGGAGGAGAGCAUUGUCGAUGGACCAAACGACCGGACUGGAGUAUAAAGCAUUGCCUAGCCGCCGGGUGACAGUUCUAUGCUCCGCCACCAUGAAAAUGAAUGUUCAAAGAUUAGGGGAAAUCAGCUUGAAGGAUGCUGUCCAUAUCCAGGCAGACCCUUCGGAGAACGAGCAGCCGGAAGGAAAAACAGAGGAUGCCGAAGCCGACGAGAAAGCCUUCUCGGCACCAGCUCAGCUGAAGCAGGCGUAUGCUGUUGUCCCAGCGAAGCUGCGGCUUGUUACGCUGACGGCUAUCUUGAAGCGUGCCUUUUCUCGACGAGGUUCGGUGAUGAAGACGAUUGUGUUUAUUUCGUGCGCUGAUUCUGUCGAUUUCCACUUUUCUCUCUUCAGCAGACCCGUUGAGGCUUCUUCAAAGGAUGGCGAGGCCGCGGUUGAAGGCCCUAAAAUCACCAAGACUGAGCUCACCAAGGACACGAUCGCACAUGGCACUGUUAUCUCAAGUGAAACGAAUCCUGUUAUUCUGCACAAGCUUCACGGGUCGUUGGCUCAAAACAUUCGAACGGCUACCCUCAAAGCCUUUACCGAAUCUCCAGACCCCUGUGUCUUGAUCUGCACAGACGUCGCUUCUAGAGGUCUGGAUCUUCCAAAUGUCGACUAUGUCAUCGAGUACGAUCCUCCUUUCAGCGCGGAUGACCAUCUGCAUCGUGUUGGACGUACUGCGCGAGCAGGUCGCGAUGGCCGAGCCCUCAUUUUCCUACUUCCGGGUGAUGAGGAAGAGUACGUAUCCAUACUGGCGUCCGGUUAUCGUGACGGUAAGAAGUCGCUGGUCCACCAUACAGCCGAAGAACUGCUACGGAAAGGUUUCGGCGGCACAGGUCGAGAAUGGGAAGAGAGAGCUACAGAGUGGCAACUUGAUGUGGAACGCUGGGCUUUGGAUUCCCCGAAGUAUCUCGAGAUGGCGCGCCGUGGGUUCCAAAGUCAUAUAAGAGCAUAUGCUACCCACGUUGCGAACGAGAGGCACAUUUUCAACAUGCAGACCUUGCAUUUAGGACAUUUGGCAAAGGCAUUUGCACUGCGAGAUAAACCGGGUAGUAUAAAAGUGCCGGGACUGAGGCCGGCGAAGAUGACCAAGGCGGAUAGAAGUGUAGCGGCGCGAAAGGCCAAGAGGGGAGAAGUUGAAGACAAAGCACCCGAAGGCGAGCGAGUCAGGAAACAAAGGAAGAUGGAGUUGGAUCUCCCGAGUGUGGAUAGCAACGAUGCAGCGAAGAGGAUGAAGAGGAAGAUGCAAGAGCAUAUGGCUGCUGCUAGCGAGUUUAAUAUCGGAUGAGGAAAUAGCUCAGCUGCCAUGUCAAUCAAUCCAGUACAG